UUUUUUUAUAUCUAUAGUAUGUUUUGCUUUGGUAGGUAAUAUGUAAGGUAUAUAUAAGCCAAAGUAACUGGCAGCUUUCAUCAGACGAUCGAAAUAUGGCGAGGGGCAAGGUUUUUUGGUUAUCUGUUCUUGUCCUGGGCUCAGCAUGGGCGGCGCCCGCGCCCCAGUCACAGAUUGACUGUCCCGAGCCGCCUACUGGCUCCAUACCUAUCGGGCCCUGCAACCCCUGCGCGCCCGCCAUCAACUUCCAGUACGGCCAGGCACCCGCAGGUUCUGUGAUAGUUAAGCCCGGUCAGAUCCGAUUCCCAGCACCUCCGCCAAUCACCAUCCGACCCGGACAGAUCACACCACCACAGCCCGGGCCAGUAUGGAUCAAACCUGCUCCGGUGCAGCCUCCAACCCCAGCACCGAUUAGGGUUCAACCGGCGCCGAUACAGCCACCGAAUCCGCCACCAAUCAGUGUCAGGCCUGCACCAAUAACUCCACCAAGGCCUCCUCCAAUCUGUGUUAGGCCACCACCAAUUUGUCCACCAAGGCCACCACCAAUCAGGAUCCAACCCAAUGCAGUGCCAGUGCCACCACCUGACACGAUCAUCGUCCGACCACCUAAGAUUAUCGUGCCGGCGCCACCAAUCAUCGUCUUCAGACCAAACCCACCUACCUGCUUCAGGACUUUAGGCUGCGCGUCCAUCAAUACCGCUCCCGCAACCCCAGGUCCCCAACCUGACCCACAACCGCCAAUUGAUCCGUGUGACCCGUGUGCGCCUCCCGCCCCAAUUGACCCCUGCAACACAUGCGACCCGUGCAACCCUUGCAACAUUUGCAACCCAUGCGACCCGUGCAACCCGUGCAACACCUGCAACCCAUGCGACCCGUGCAACCCGUGUAACCCGUGCAACAUUAUCAACCCAUGCGACCCGUGCAAUCCCUGCAACAACAUCAUCAAUCCUUGCGAUCCUUGCAACCCAUGCAAUACUUGCAACCCCUGCGACCCAUGCAACCCAUGCAACCAAUGCAACCCCUGCGACCCAUGCAACCCCUGCAACCCAUGUAACUAAAUAGUAUAUAUAUCUAAUAUAUGUUUUAAGCUACAUUUGUAAGUGCGAGUGAGAUCGAAAUACAGUACGGGUAGUUUUAGCAAACUA